CAGGUUCGCAGCAGCAGGCGCUUCGCCGAUCGUUCGCGUGGACGCCAAGGCGACAAGGAAGCCCCUCUUCACGGGAGAACCGGGGAAGACGCGAACGUGAAGCGAGAGAGCGACACGGCAGGAGGAUCCGCGCACGCAUACGUAGGUUAUAAUGGAAAAUAUCUUUGGGAAGGAAGAUUCCGGGAAUGAAAGUGAACAUAAUGUUGAUGUUGAGGAUAAAGAUGACAAAGAUAAUCCUUUGCAAAAUUCAGCAUCCAAAGAUAUCGACGCUAUGGAUGUUGAUAGUAUGCAGAUUAAGGCAGAAUCUGAUGCGAUGAGUUCUCAGUCACAAUCAGACACAGAAGACAUGACACCUAAUUCUGUGGCUCCAAUUACAGAGGAUCAAAUAGAAAUUGUAAAACAUGAAGGUGAGGCAAAGGAAGAAGAACAGAUGCCUGAAGAUAUAUUUGGUAAUGAUAUCAUGAUACCACGUGCAAAGCCAAUCAGUUCUAAAGAGAGAAGAGAGAGUAAGGAAAAGAGUAAGAAGGAACUAGAAGAAGAAGAACGAGAAAAGAUGCAAGUAUUAGUAUCUAAUUUCACAGAGGAUCAGUUGGAUAGGUAUGAGAUGUAUAGACGCGCUGCAUUUCCAAAAGCAGCUAUAAAAAGGAUAAUGCAAACAAUAACAGGUUGUUCAGUGUCUCAGAAUGUUGUAAUAGCAAUGUCAGGAAUUGCCAAAGUAUUCGUUGGCGAGAUCGUUGAGGAAGCUUUGGAUGUUAUGGAACGUCACGAUGAAACCGGACCACUACAACCAAAACAUCUACGAGAAGCUGUUCGCAGAUUGAGAUUGCAGGGCCAAAUACCAAAUGGUCGAGCACACAAAGCUUUCUUCAGACUGUAAUGUGAGUCACUCUGAUAUUAUUGACAUAUUAGUACAAUGCUUCUCUUACAGAGGCCUGCCGGCAUUAGAAUUUAACAGUAUAAUGUGCGUUUGUAAAAUAUUGUUAGCAAUCAGGCUACAGUUAGACUCAAGCUUUCCAUGUUAAACCUAUCAUCUACUUUUGACACUCAAAUGGUGUAAAUAUAUAUAUAUAUACUUGAUUAUUAAUAAGUAAUUAAUGAGUAAGUCGAAAUUUAUUAAUACAAUUAUUUUACUACAUAUAUCCGAUUUAUGCUUUGACCUUUAUAUACAUGUAGAAUAAGUCGUAUAUU